AUGCGCCAGCCUGUCCUGAUCCGUCACCAGUUUGCGCGCGUCGCCCAACUCCACGUAGGAGCGAAUGCGGAUGAAUUCGUUGUGAAACUGGUUCAUCAGCCUGUCGGCGACCCGGCAUGGUGUGUCGCCCGGCCACGCUGGACCACGGCACUGAAGCUUAGCUGUGACGGAGUCGUGAAAGUCGGACUCCAAGCACCGCUUGUUGUACUUCAGAACGUCAGAGGAGGUACCCCUAUGGACUUCCCAUUCAUCAAGGAACUGCGCCACGAACCAGUCCGCCAUUGCGCGUCGUUUUGUGCCGGGCGCGUCUACCCAGGGCGUCAACCCAUGUUAACAAUUUACUGCCGAGUCAGCAGUAGCCUGUCCGAGAUUUUUAUCUCACAGCACGUUGAGCGACGGCUCCUGCUCCGAGGGUCGCUCGCCCGUCACAACCCGUCGCGCGGUCCCGCCCGCGACCUCGUAUCCAAUCGCGUCCCAAUCAAAGGCAUCAUGUCGAGCGCAAUCUGUCGCACUUUUGUCGUCCCAGCUCGCGGCUCGGUCGCCUCUCGCGCGACCCAACCCGCGCGUGGCGUGUUUUCGGGAGCCAAAUCCCUAGAACCCCGAAGCGGUGCUGUGACCCUCGUUUCUGCUCACGGCCGUCACCGCGACGUCUCCGUGUGCAUGGGUCGCAAGGGCAUGCUCGCGGAGCUCAUGGAUGACGGCACAGAUUCCGCGGGCGACGCGAAGGUCGACCCGCGGUGCCCGUGCGGCAGCGGAAAGGACUACUCCGUCUGCUGUGGACCCCAUCACGACGGCGCCGCGCCCGCCGACUCAAUCACCCCCGAGGCCAUCGUCCGCGCACGGUUCAGCGCCUACGUCAAGAACGUGCCCAAAUACAUCGUUGCAUCCACGCAUCCGGACUCCAAGGACAUGAAGCGCAAGGACGACCCGGCGGAGGCGAGGGCACAGCUAGAGAAAGAUGCCGACGCCACGAUGAAGAAAGUUCAGUUUACGUCUCUUCGGGUGAAGGGAACCAAAGAGGGCGACGGGGAGACGUUCGUGACGUACGAGGUGUCGUACAAGGCUGCGGGAAAGAAGAACAGGGGCGGGACGAAGACGCUGGCGGAGAGGUCUAGGUACAAGAUGGCCGACGGAGAGUUCAAGUACUUUGACGCUCUGCCGCUGAACUCUUCCUCGGAUAUGAACGCCGUUGGGCAGAUCUGAUGAAGGGCGAUAAGAUCGGCCACUUGUAGGUUUAUCAUUAGUCUACAUUGCGACGUUGCGAGUU